UAGGCUAGGGCCUACAUGACCAGAGGAAUUGUGUUCACAUAUGUUUGUGAUUCAGUAAUUGUUUGCACUGGAUGUUAUUGUCCAUUCAAUGUAUUGGUGUUGAACAUUUUCAACAUGCAUAUCCCAAAGCAUCAGACUCACAGUAGCCAUAAGAGUGCCUAUGUUCAAUUCAUAGUCCUAUUUCGUAUGGGUUUUAAAUCAGUAAUGUAUUUUCCAUAUAUGCAUUAUGCAAGUUAUUUCAAAUUCCAUGUGGACACUAGGCCUACCACUUCAGUUGAUAAGUGAAAUAUGUGUAGGCCUACUGUAUGUGGAUGUAUUGUAUAUGUGAAAAUUCUGUAUUGGCAUACUUUUGGGUAGGCUAUUUAAAAAGCAUGCUUUUAAUCUUUGUUUUUAAAUGUUCCUUUUCCAACACACAUUGGUAUUUUAAGUGGUAGGCUAUGUUGUAUUGUGAGUAUAAAUUAGUAGGCUAUUGUAGAACUAUAGCUCGGCCUACAUAAUCAAUGUUGAUUGUCAAAGUGCUGCAAAUCAUCACCUUGCUUAGCUGUUGCAUAAACGUGGCAUAGGCCUAUAAUGUACAGACGUUUGACGUAGGCUUGUAGACCGUAUGGAGACAUGCGCGCACGUUCAGUUUUAUUCUCUCUUUUGUGUAAAUUGUAAGCCUAGCGCUGUGAACGAUGUGGCUUUCUUUCACCUUAAGGUGCACAAAUAAACCCAGCGAACACAUAAAACAUGGAGUUCGUAUUGAGUCAACACGCGACCUUUGAUAAAGAGUUAAUUGCGCAGAAGUUCCAAAGUUCAUGCGCGAGGUUUACUCCACCUGUGUGUAGUUCCACUGUACAGACCACAGCGUAUGCGGCUGUCGAUGGUACACCAUGCCAUGGCCUUCUUUAGAUUUAUGUAGCCUACAAUAGGAAGUAACAAAUAACAUGACCCUACAAGACGUCUUCGACUGUACUUCAUAUUUGGAAUAAAUCGUAAACAACCCAGGCUAUUGAGAGCGUUCAAUUGGCAGUUUAAUACGCUCGCAAUGGAUUACAAACUUCACGAGACAAUCGACAGAUACAGAGAUCAGUUUCCUACAUUUCAAAACUGAAAUUUUUGACAAUCAAUACAUCCACUCCAUUUUUCCAGGAACCAGCAUCAUCUCAUACAGCUUUUACCCUCCCAGGAAGCGCGAGAAGUGAGAAUGGUGGACGCACAGACACUCACCUGGCCGCUGAGCUACUACGGCCACAGUCUGUCCGAUCGGGACGAUGAGACGGACAGCUGCCACGUGUUCGACAUGAAGGCCCUGUCCACCUUCAACUACUCCAGCCCCCCCAGCGUAGAGAGCAGCGUCAGCACAGACAACUCAGACGAGUUCUCACACUCAGAACAGCAGCAGGAUGGAGCCUCCGCCGCAGGAGGAGCAGAGGGAACCCCCUUAGAGUUCAAUGAGGCAUCCAUAAAGGUUGAGCCAGGGUCCCCAUCAGAGAUUUCGGAGCCGAGCUACUCUUAUUUCAAGCUGCACACAGACGUCACCUCGGCACUGGGCAACCUGGAGUGCCGAGUCUGUGGAGACCGGGCCUCAGGGUAUCACUAUGGCGUACAUGCUUGUGAGGGCUGCAAGGGUUUCUUCAGACGAACAGUACGACUAAAGCUGAUAUAUGACCGCUGUGGACUGCACUGUCGUGUUGACAAGAGGAGCCGCAACAAGUGCCAGUAUUGCCGUUUUCAAAAAUGUCUUUUGGCCGGAAUGUCACACAAUGCCAUUCGCUUCGGUCGAAUGCCUCACACGGAGCGGGAGAAGCUGCUGGGGGAAAUCGCCAAGGAGAUGGAGCAGCUGGAUAGAGAGGAGGCCGACAUGAGGAGCCUCGCCAAGCAACUCUAUGAUUCAUACGUCAAACUCUUUCCCCUGCCCAAGAGCAAAGCCAAAGCCAUUCUCUCGGGAAAGACCAACAGCCAUGUGCCGUUUGUGAUCCACGACAUGAAGUCGUUAGUAGCAGGGAGUCAGAUGAUGAACUGCAGACAGCUGCCAGUGCCGAGGGCCCACCUAGAGACCAGUCUACAGCCUCUGGAGGACAGGGUGGAGCUCUCCUUCUUCCGACGUGUGCAGAUCCGCUCGGCGGAGAGCAUCCGCGAGAUCACCGAGUUCGCCAAGAGCAUCCCGGGCUUCCAGAGCCUGGACCUGAACGACCAGAUCACGCUGCUGAAGUACGGCGCCAUGGAGGCCAUGAUCAUCCUGUGGUCGCCGCUCAUGAACAAGGACGGCACGCUCAUGGCCUACGGCCAGCUCUUCAUCACGCGCGAGUUCAUGCGCAGCCUCCGGGAGCCCUUUGACGAGAUCAUGGAGCCCAAGUUCGACUUUGCCAUCAAGUUCAACGCGCUGGACCUGGAUGACAGCGACCUCGCUCUCUUCCUGGCUGUGGUCAUCCUCUGUGGAGACCGUCCCGGCCUGGUGAACGUGAAGCAGGUGGAGGAUCUGCAGGAGGUGGUGCUGCAGGCGCUGGAGCUCCACCUGAAGACGGUGCACCCCGAGCGGCCGCAGCUCUUCGCCAAGCUGCUGCAGAAGACCAGCGACCUGCGGCCCAUGGUGGCCGACCACAUCCGCCAGCUCAACCUGCUGAAGAAGACGGAGCUGGAGAUGUGCCUGCACCCCUUACUGGGGGAGAUCAUGAGGGACCUCUACUAACUCAAUAACUAACUCACUAACUAACUACCACGGACUGGAGGGACUUCCAACUAGACUCACCAAGGGCGCCGCCAGAAAUGUUGGGCCCCAUGAAAGAUUCAAAUUUUGGGCUCCCUUAAGGGCUUCUGUCAGUGUUGUGUUAGUGCUUGGGCACUUAGAAUCUGUAACACCUUCCACCUCCUCGCAGCACCCAUGCCUACUACUUACUGUAGAAGAAAGAGGUGGAUUGCAUUCGUUUCUUCUUUUCUUUGAAAAAAAAAAGAAUUACAAAGAAAAGGAGAACCGUGUGAGAUCCACCUCUUCAUUCUAUGGUUUAUUCAACUGGAGAUGCACCACACGGGGAGUGUGGUGAAUUGGAAUAAAGACCUCUACUAACUACCACACUUAACUACUACCACCACUUCUCUAGACCUUCCCUAGAAGUGAUGGGCAAAACAGAUUCCUUAGUUACAAUCUAGUGCCACACACUCCAAAUGACCUUGACCUUUCACCUGUCCAAUUCAACCAGGUGAUCACUCAACUAGCCAAUCACAAGGCUGAAUUGGGCUGGUAAAAAUCAAGACAUUUGGACUAUGUGGCACUAGAUCGUAACUAAUGAAUCCAUUUUACCCAUUACUGUGUACUGGUAGCUAGGCCAUGCCCUCCUAGUGACGCAACAGCUUCAGCGUUGCUACUAGUCAGGUCAAGAGUCAAUGCAAGUACUUCCUGAGUUCCCGCAAAUACGGGAACUCCUCCCACUUUGUUGGGAAGCAAACAAUCAUUAGCAAACUAAGGGAGGCCAUUUGGGAAAUGCUGUUUGGGAAAUGUUAAUUGUUAUGCUCUUGGUCAGACCAAGUCUCGAAGAGAUUUGAAAGUCGAUGAUAAUCAGGCUAGUCUACUGGUGCCUUUCUGCCACAAACCAUUUACACCUCUACUAAGAACAAAGCUCACAACCACCACUAUAACCACUUUUAUCUCAUGAUGUACUCCGGUACAAACGAGUCUAAAGUAGCACUUACUAAUGCUAACUAAUAGCACUCGCUAAAAUAGCAAUACUACUGUAUGCCAUGUCCCGAGUGAUGUACAGCAUAUUGGCCCGAUAUGUUGAUGUAACAUUCAUUCAUUGAAGUAUUCAGAUUAUUGAAGCCCUCAUGGAAGUCAGCACCAGUUUUUGUAGUACAUUCUUAGACCACAAGAGGGCAUACGACUAAGUGGCAUACACAGAACAGGCUGAAACAGCACUUUUAUAUUUACCAUGCAUUCUUAUCAUGACACCCAUCUAAAAUGUUUAUGCUGAUGAUCUACUUGUCCAAAUGUCCUACCUGUAUUUCUUGUGACAAUGACAUUUAUUUGGUUCUAGAGUGCAUAUGGUGAUAUCAGUUUAUUUACACAUAAGAUAUGUGGAUAUUACUCAUUUAUAUAAUUAGAAUAUAGCGAUAUCUCUUUUGCACAAUGAAAGUGACCAUUUUGGUGUGUGCCUGAACUAGAUAGUAUGAACUGUUGACUGAAAAUGUAACUGUAUCGCCUACUAUUAUAUGUUGAGGAACAAUAAUAUGUCUCACUACUGCUUUCAAAAUGAUGUGGCAUGCAUGUUAUUUUGGUCUGUGAAUGAAGAAAGGACCACGCCAGAAUCACAGAGCAAAAAAUAGGCUCCAAGAAGACCACAAAGACAGUUAAAUAAAGACAGAAACUGCCAGGCCAGUAGAUUCCCAGGACCUAACGUUCUGUCCAUUCAGUUCCCUGAGAGUGUAAUAUUUUAAUGAGUUAUAACACCAUUGCAAAAUCAGGGAGACCUAACACAAACUAUUUAUAAAACCCUCACCAUUGUCAAGCGUGGUACAAAUGGCCAAAUUAUCGGUCAGCUGAGACCUCUCUUCCCGUAGCCUUCAAAGUCAAACUGCAGUGGCUUAUUGAGGCCACAUGUCAUGGCUGCCAACAGGAGAAAUCUAAUGAGGCCAGCCCCCUGUAGAAGGGCCCGGGGAGGGGAGGUUAACAGCAAUGUUAUAGGAUGCUCAUGGGCCAAGGGUGGGUUCCAAUAUGCAGACUUUGGUCCGCCCUUGCUCACUUGCCUGCUCGUGACCUCAUGAUGACGUCACUGAUGACAGAAAAUAAAUUCAAUAUCUUGCAAAAGCACAAUUCUAAUGUAAUUUCCUCGUUUGCGAUCGGGAUGGUGAAUGACGAACAGUCCACCAGAAAUGGUUGUGGCUAGGCUGACAGCGGGGAAACUCCACUGAGGCGGGGUGUCCGCAAAACGCGAGUGGAGGACGGGAGUCUGCAUAUUGGAAUGCACAUCAAAGAUGAUACAUAUGAAGAGAGAAGAGCGAGAGGACAUGAAGAGAGAAGAUGCAUAUACAUUUAUGGAAUCCUUUUUUCUGUCAGACACAUUGUGUUGGCUUAAAAGACCCCCUUUUUCAUAAAUGAUUUUGGAGCAAUCAUUUUGGUACAGACAGAGUAAAAGUGUUUCUGUUCCUACACCACACACACUAGAUCGCAAAAACGUCCUUUUGAC